AUGACAUCAAACAAUAAUUAUACCCGACUAAAUGAUAAACCACUACCUCCUCUUCCAAUGAAUCAGAUUGAAAUGUACGAAGCACCACCAAUAGUUAAUGAACAACAAAAUAAUAUUCCAAUACCAACUGAUGGUGUAUUUGUAUCUGAGAAAUCUUGUAUUGAGAAAUAUUUACCAUUAGCCCUUUUUAUUGCUGGUUUUUUUAUUCCAGUAUGUUGGCUUGUUAAUAUCUGUUUAUGUUGUUGUAAGUUUAAGACAGGAUCAUUAUUCCCAAUUCUUUCAGUUAUUAUGUUACUGGUUUAUACACUAAUUUCAAUUAUUAGUUUAAUAGGAACAAUAAAAGCUAUUAUUUACUUAACUUCUGCUUUAGAAAAUAAAGACAAUGGUAGUUUAUGGGAUUUUCUUCUUGCACUUCUCAAAUUUAUUUAA